AAAGUGAAAAAUAAAAAAAUAACAAUAAUAAACAAUGAAUAUACGUAAAAAAGUAUUACCAAAAACAAUUGGUGAUGGGUUAUCAAUGUUAUUUUUUUUAAUAAUAAUACCACUAAUUUAUUGGUUUGAAUUAUGGAUUGUAUUGCCGGAUUUAUUUGAAGCUGGUUCACCAUUGUAUAUUUGUCAUUUUAUAUUUGGUAAUUUUAUAAUGAUAAACAUUGUAGGCAAUUACACGUAUGCAGUAAUGUGUGAUACCAGUACAAGACCGGUAAUAAUGUCAAUAAGCAAAGCUAAAGUAAAGGAUGGUUGGAGAUUUUGUUCAUCAUGUGAAGCAGUGUCACCACCAAGAUCUUGGCACUGUCAAAUUUGUAACACGUGCAUUUUAAAACGUGAUCACCACUGUGUAUUCACUGGCUGUUGCGUCGGCUAUUUAAAUCAUCGUUAUUUUUUGAUGCUAGUUUUCUACAUAUUUAUUGGUGCUACCUACUCAUUUUAUUACAACAAUUAUUUUAUUUGGAGUAAAUUAGUAUUUGAAUUCCCUCUGUCUAUUAUAAAAAUAAUAUUCCCUUUAGCAAUAUUUAUAUUUGGAUUUGACGAUUCGUGGGAACAAUUUUAUUUAAUGCUUUACAUUAUCUCUGUUGUUGGUAUGUUGUUUACUGGUGCAUUAUUUAUUUAUCAUAUAAGAUUAGUAUGUAAUGGUACUGUUGCAUAUGAGAAAGAUAAAAAUAUUUCAAAGUAUAAUAUUGGAUGGAAAGACAAUAUCAAAGAUGUUUUAGGUAAAAGGUGGUAUGUGUGCUGGUUACUACCUUACAUUAAAUCUGAUUUACUCCACAAUGGUUUGUUUUGGAGUACUGUUGGAUCAUGGAAAGAUAAUUCGAAACAUAGAUAAUUUUUUGAGAUUGUAAUGGUAAGAUUAACAAUAUUAACAAGACUUUUUAAUACAUACAUUUGUAUGCAUAUUUAAUGAUUUAAAUAUUUUAUUUUCUCGGUUGUAAUUUUUAUAUUGAUCUUGCACAGUUUUCAGAGAUGAUUAUUACAUACAUAAUCAAGUCAGUUUAACUUAUUAGGCUGCAUUUUAUAGCAAUAUAAUGCAGUGAAAAAAAAUUACUUUUUUUUUAUCUUAAAAAAAUAUUUAAAUACAAUUUUUAUACAAUAUAUAGACUGGAUAAACAUUUUCGCACACAAUGUAAGCAAUUUAUU